GCCUGGGAUAGAUGUCUUUGAUACUCCACUGAUCCCGUUGACUUGAUCCAUGCCGCUGCUGACGUAAUAUCCCUAUAUACCCGUUGAAGUAAAGCGUUUAAAGGUGCUGUCCCCUCGAUGUCAUAACUAUAAAGUUUCACACUACCUUACCCGGCGUGUCAUUUCCUAUUCGGGAUGUUCCUUGAGCUUCUUCCUGGGUCUCUGCUCGCCGAGAUAGGCUGUCACCGCGUUCUCCGACAUUGCUUUUGCGGGAUUACUCCGUCGAGGGACUUGGGUUCUUUGCGUUGGAACCUUGCGCCAUUCUCUAAUUACGCUCGUAUAAUCUCAAUUUACUUUACCUACUUUUCCACUCUUUUCGCACCCUCCAAAAAGGCGCUGAGGGAUCUCGUCAUUCUCGGUUUCGAACCGAUCCCGCAUCUGUGCUUUAGUCAUCCACAUCUUCAACGUCGUGCUGACCGUCGCAGCUGCGCUCUUUCUUAUCCAUUGGUGGCAACUCUUGGGGGAAGCAGAUAGAGCAUAGAAGGUAGGUUUACUCGCUCCCUUUUCAUCUAUUGGAUUUGUUCAUCGUGGGCCUGAACCUUACCGGGUUGUAAGCCUUCCCGCUUGACGUUGGGGAUUUUAGACGUUGAGCUCCUGCAUACGAACCUUCCGAUAU